AUAUGUGCUAUUACAAAUGAAAUACUUUAUUUGUUAUCUAAUAAACAAUGAAAUCCAAGUAAUUAACACUAGAUGGAACUACAUUCAUGUAAUAUCUGAUAAACCAUUUUGAUUUCUGAAUUCUCGAAAGCACAAAAAUCUGAAUUUUUCUAUUUUUAUAUUAUUUUUUUUAACAUGUCAUUAGAUUUCUGCGUUAUGUUUCGAUAAAUCGUAAGUGCAAUCUUACGAAAAAAGUAAAUGGAGUAUUAUCAAAUGCAGCGUAACAUAAUCAUUGUAUUUCAAAGAUGGACAAAUUGCAAUUAUUGCCAUUGGAAUUGCCAUCAACCACCAAUAUAAAUAAUGGAACAGUGAAAGGAAAAAUAUCAUUUGUUCGAAGAUUAGCAAUGGGAUUUGUGAUUCUGGCUACAUUAGGUUUACUGUAUGUACCAGCAUAUCAUUCUGCCCAAGGUCCACUUUUAGGCUUAGGUGAGACUCCAUCUCCUGCAAAGCAUAUUGGUGUUUCACAUUUGGUAGCUUCAGUAGCACAGUUGCCAGGUUGGACAUAUAAUACUUCAAGAGAUCUUUCUGUAUAUAUUCAUCCAGAAAAUACAACUUCAGUUUUAAACCCUAUUGGUAUAUGUUCUCCAUCACCAUAUCUUUUUAUAAUUAUUUGUUCAGCUGUUACAAAUAUCAAAGCACGAACAGCUAUAAGAAAUACAUGGGCUAAUAAAAAUAAUUUAGAUAAUGCAUAUAACUCAUCUGUGAAAAUAGCAUUUCUUCUGGGUCAAAGUGACAAUGAUACACUUAAUAAUAUAAUAGCUGAAGAAAGUCAUCAAUAUAAUGAUAUUAUUCAAGAAAAAUUUUAUGACACAUAUAACAAUCUUACAUUGAAAUCUGUAAUGAUGUUAAAAUGGAUAACAUCAAAUUGUGGUCAAACAAAAUAUCUGAUGAAAACAGAUGAUGAUAUGUUUGUGAAUAUACCUACUUUGAUGAAAACCUUACAAUCAAGAUCACAAACUACUGAUAUAUUAUUAGGUUCUCUCAUUUGUAAUGCCAAACCUAUUUUAGAUCCAAAUAAUAAAUGGUACACACCAAAAUAUAUGUAUUCAGAGAGAAUAUACCCUAAUUAUUUAUCUGGUACAGGAUAUGUAAUGAGUUUAGAUGUGGCAUUUAAAUUAUAUCAUGCAGCAUUAAUAACACCAUUACUUCAUUUGGAAGAUGUUUACAUUACUGGUCUUUGUGCAAAAUAUGCAAAAGUGCGACCUGUAAAUCAUCCUGGAUUUAGUUAUGUUCCACGUAAACUGGAUCCUUGUGUAUUAAGAAAUGCUAUUACAGCACACAAAGUGAAUGUAUCUAGUAUGUAUGUAAUAUGGAACAAAUUGAAUGAUACAAAUCUUUCUUGUAGCAAUCACACUCAUAUUGAUAAAAAAUCAGUUACAUUAAGUAGAAAUAGUAGAAAUAUUUGAUAUUAUAUAAUAAAGAGAACUAUUAAUAAAUGUUUAAAUUAAUUAAAGUUUUUUAAACAUUAAAUAUAUUAUUUAUUAUUGAUUUAAUUACUUGUUAUAUCAGAAUAAUAUUAAUAAGUAAAUUAAUGAAUAUUCUCUUAUGAAAAUGAUAAAACAAACUCAUAUUGAAUUUAUUCAUGAGAAUUUUUAAAGUAUGACAAGAAAGAUUUGUAGUUAAUAUUUGAAUAAAGUUCUGCAGAUUAUUUUUCCAUUUAAAAAACAAUAGUUUUAAAGGAAUCUUUCAAUUAGACUUAUUUUAUAUGAAUUUAUUUUCUUAUUUAUUUAUAAAAGUUUUCACAACGAAAUAUAAAAUAUCUGUUUAAUUUUUAAUUUAACAUUUAAAUUACAAAACAUUUAUUUUAUUUAUUUUAUUAUCAAAUAUCAUAUUAAUCGCUUCCAUUUGUUUAAAAAAUAUUUAACAAAUUUAAAAAAAAAUGUUAUUUAGAAAUUUGAUAAAAAAAGAUUAACAUUGAGUAGUGAUAAUAAUUUAAAUACAUCAAAUACGUUUAUAUGAUAAAUUAAUUACGUAUUUUUGACAUCUUUAUGCUUCCUUUAAAAUUUACAUUAACUUUAAUAUAUAUAAUCAAUACCUAAUUCUAAUUAAAAAUUUAUUGCAUUCUAUAUUGAUAUUAUGAAACUAUUUGUGAUUAAUUGUAUAUUUAUAUUUUAUGUCAAAAUGUAGCACUUUAUAAAAAUUUUCAAAUAUUUAAAAAAUUUUUAUAAAUAUUCUAACAUUUUAACAUUCUAUGUUAAUGUAAAAUAUUUUAUAAAAAUAAUUAUUAUGAUAAAUCUCAUAAAAAUAAUUCAGAUCUUUAAAUAAUGAUAUUUAUCUUAUUAAAUAUACUAUAAUUAAUAAAAUAUAACGAAUCAUAAAAAGAAUAUAUAAUAUAUAAGUGUAUUAAAUUACACUUAUUGCCUAAAUGAAAACAAAUUUUUUUGAAAUGGUUUCUUGAUAUUUCUAAAAAAAUUAUAAAAAUAUAUAUAUAUUUUUUACUAUUUGCAUUUAUAUAUUACAAGUUGUUCUUAAUAGUUAUUUCUUUAAUAAAAAUUUAUUUUGUUUAAAAUUUAUAAAUUUAAAAUUAUAUUAAUAUUUCUUCAUAUUCAAAUAUUAUAAUAAUUUUUAAUAAUUAUGUUGUAAUCUCAAUUUUAAGGCUUGUUAUUUAUUGCUUAUAAUGCAAUAAUUAUCAAUUAAUUAAUAGUAUAGAUCUCAUAUAAAUCUCAAUAAUUUUGAUUUUAAUUAUUAAAAAUAACAAAUUCAUCCAUCCAAUUUUAAAUAAAUGUAUUGUGCAUAAAAUACAACAUUGUUAAAAUUGUAUUAUGAUAUUUAUUUUAAUAUCAGUGACAUAUAUUUAGCUAUCAUGAAUUUGUGAUGUAGCCUAUUAUAAGUUGAGAAUAUAUGAAAUUUUGUAAAAGUUUGUUAGAACGUAUCUAUUAAUGAUAUUUAUAAUAAUAAUAAUGAUAAUCAUGUUUCUUGUAUUCUAAUUGAUUAUAAUCAAAUUGAUUACCAUUUUAUAUGAUACUUAAAUAAUUACAUACAUAAGAAGGAACUACAUUUCUUGUUAAUUCUAGUGCAAAUAAUUAAUGCACCAAUGUUAAAUUAAUUAUUAACUCCAGAUUAAUAUAAAUUCAUAUUUAUGAAGCUUAUUAAGUGAGAUUCAUUCACUAGUAAAAGCAAAAUGAAGAUUAUUAAUAACUCUACUGGAGUAUUCUAGUGGCCUUAGAAAAUCUUAUUUUAUUUUAUAUAUAUAUUGUGAAAAAUUGAACUUCAAAGUUCUCUAUCAUGUUAUAAAAUUUGGUGCUACAUAGUAAUUAAUCAUACAUUUCGCCGGAUAUACUUUUGUACAGAUCAUUAUUUGAUUUAUAGAAAUUAAAUUUUA